UGGCUGUGGCGGAGGCCGAUUGGCUGGAAGGAGUCCACGGAAGUGACGCAGGGAGAAGCCCACGUGUGCGAUUCCACCCCACAUGGCGGCGCUCCUGGAGAGACUGCUGCAACGCGGGAGGCCCUUGGCGGCCUCAGGCCGUCCCGUGGGACGGCGUGAGGCUAGCUUGGGCACUGAUCCCGGGGUUGCGGUGCGAGUGCGGUUCGCUCCCAGCCCCACAGGCUUCUUACACCUGGGUGGCCUCCGCACUGCCCUGUACAACUACAUCUUUGCCAAGAAGUACCAGGGGAGCUUCAUCCUGAGGCUGGAGGACACAGAUCAGACUCGCCUUGUGCCUGGGGCAGCGGAGAAUAUUGAGGACAUGCUGGAGUGGGCAGGCAUCCCCCCUGAUGAGAGCCCACGCCGGGGUGGUCCUGCUGGGCCCUACCAGCAAUCUCAGCGAUUGGAGCUAUAUGCCCAGGCCACAGAAGCGCUGCUAAAGACCGGAGCUGCUUACCCCUGUUUCUGCUCACCCCAGAGGCUGGAGCUCCUGAAGAAGGAGGCCCUGCGGAACCACCAGACACCCCGGUAUGACAAUCGGUGCCGGAACCUGAACCAGGAGCAGGUGGCCCAGAAGCUGGCCAAGGCCCCCAAGCCUUCGAUCCGCUUCCGCCUGGAGGAGGCAGCGCCGGCCUUCCAGGACCUGGUGUAUGGCUGGAAUAGGCAUGACGUGGCCAGCGUGGAGGGAGACCCAGUCAUCAUGAAAAGUGACGGCUUCCCCACAUACCACCUGGCCUGCGUGGUGGAUGACCACCACAUGGGCAUCAGCCAUGUGCUGCGGGGCUCUGAGUGGCUCGUCUCCACUGCCAAGCACCUGCUCCUCUACCAGGCCCUGGAAUGGCAGCCGCCCCACUUCGCCCACCUCCCCCUGCUCCUCAACAGGGAUGGCAGCAAGCUCUCCAAGAGGCAAGGGGACAUUUUCCUGGAGCACUUCGCUGCUGAUGGCUUCCUGCCUGAUUCCUUGGUGGACAUCAUCACCAACUGUGGCUCAGGUUUUGCAGGGAACCAGAUGGGCAGGACUCUGCCAGAGCUGAUCACACAGUUCGACCUGACCCAGAUCACCUGCCACUCAGCCCUGUUGGACCUGGAGAAGCUCCCAGAAUUCAACAGGCUGCACCUCCAGCGGCUGGUGAGCAGUGAGAGCCAGAGGCGCCUGCUGGUGGGGAAGCUGCAGGCCCUUGUGGAGGAGGCCUUUGGGAGCCAGCUGCAAAACAGGGAUGUCCUCAACCCAGUCUACAUGGAGAGGAUCCUCCUGCUGAGACAGGGUCACAUUUGCCGCCUGCAGGACUUGGUGUCCCCAGUGUACUCCUACCUGUGGACUCGCCCUGCGGUGGGUCGAGCGCAGCUGGAUGCCAUCUCAGAGAAGGUGGAUGUGAUUGCCAAGCGUGUGCUGGGGCUUCUAGAAAGAUCUGGUAUGACCUUAACUCAGGAUGCGCUGAGUGGAGAACUAAAGAAGCUUUCAGAAGGUCUGGAAGGCACCAAGCACAGUAAUGUGAUGAAACUCCUCCGGGUGGCCCUCAGUGGACAGCAGCAAGGACCUCCCAUAGCUGAGAUGAUGGUGUCUUUGGGACCAAAAGAAGUGCGGGAACGAAUCCAGGAGGCGCUUUCCAGCUAGGGAGAGGAUGUGUCUGGCAGUGGAGAUUGCCCAAAGAACCUGUGACCUUAGAAACAGCCUUCAGAGACCAAAAGGAGACCUGGGGCCCAUCAGGAAGUUCGCCAAAGGAACUGAGAGUGAAAACAAUCUAUGACUGCAUACAAGUGCAUUUAUGACUCCACCACAGGCCCGUCCUUGCCAGUUGGCUGGGGAAGCCCAACCCAUCUCCUCCUUGACUCUGGAAAGGCAUUCUCCGUGACUCGUUUUUCACACAUUACACAGAGGAGGUUAGGAGUUAGUUCACGGAAAAGCUAACAUCCCGGAACAGUGCAGAAGGCUUGGGUUUCAGUUUGCUAGGGCCACCAUAACAAAAUACCACAGAACCAGGUGGUUUAAACAACAGAGAUUUAUUUUCUCACAUUUCUGGAGGCUAGAAGUUCAAGAUCAAGGUGUCAGCAGGCUUGGUUUUUCCCGAGGCCUCUCUUGGCUUGCAGACAGCUGUCUUCUUACUGUGUCCCUAUGCGGUCUUCCCUCCAUGCACGCACAUGUCUGGUUUCAUUAUGUGCCCAACGUUCCUCUUCUAGGAGCACCAGUCAGACUGGAUUAGGGCCCACUCCACCCUACCAGCCUCAUUUUAACUUAAUCUCCUCAUUAAAUGCUCAGUUUCCAAGUGCAGUCUCAUUCUGAGGUGCUGGGGGUUUCUCAUUGUAAGAAUUUAGGGGGACAAAAUUCAGCCCGUAGCAGCUGGGCAGCAGGACUCAUGGGUCCCAGUUCUCAGGCCCCAAGGACCAGAACAGUGAAGGAUAUGUGACACAAGCAGGGCUGAACUGGACGCCAGACUUUUUUUGGGGUUGUAAAGGGAGAAGUGACUUCCACUGCCAAGGGUAAGUGCUCUUGUCUUAUGCUACCCUUUAUUCUUGAACCUUGGGGCAGCCUGUGUCUCCCUUCCCUAAAUGUCAUCUGUUCCUGUUUUCUAGUCCUCCAGACCUGGUCCUUGGACUGGAGACCUCCACCCUGCCUAUUUUGUGGCUUUCGCUUCAAAUCCAUCUCUUCCUUCCUCCAUGACUUGUAAGUCAUCAUCUCUGCUGGUUUCUGAAAUGAGAUAAUGCUUCUUGUGGUCUUCAGUGAAGAGGAAUAGCAAAAGUGGCAGCAAGAUGGUGGCAGGGUACACAAACGCCUGCGAGGCUUCUAGGCUUCCCCUGUGUGGCAGCCAGCCUCUAAGAGGGCCCCCAACCAUCCCUUCUUUCUACUGUUCACACCCUUGUGUGGUUUCUUCUCACACUGAAUAGGCCUGACUUGUGUAACCAUUAUGCUAUUGAAGAAAUGAGAGUUUGACUUCUGAGGGUAAGUCGUAAAAUAAAUCAUGGCUUCUG